AAAAAACAAUAACAACAAUUUUAGGAUUACACGUGAUUAAAGGAGUUGCCAUUCAUCAAUUUUGGGUAAAACUUUUACACUUAACAUAAUUGCAAUUAGGCUAUUCUAUCUUACCUGAACAAAUGUACCCACUCCCAAACAAGAUGGGACAUGAGACAUUUCCACCUUCCCUAUCGUGCAGUGACGUCAAGUAUACCUGUGAUUAAGUAGGUACCAUUGUGUAACAAAAGGCAAUAGCGAGGUGUGAAGGUGAAUUUAUCAGGGUUUAUAGUAUUUAUAAUGGAAAGUUAUGAGCUCGAGCUCAGCGUGUUUUCUCUUGACUAUCGCCUUUUUUAUUACUUGACUGAGUCGUAGCCAAGCGAGCUGUUGAUGGUUAUCAGCGGCUAAUUAUUCGUCAUCAAAACCAAUUUAAGAAUUUUGUUCUUCACAAAAAAAGAAACAAAUUCCAAUCGUGUUUCACAAACGCAUUUCGUGUUCAUUGGUAAUAAGUCUUCGCAGAGCAACUGAAAAUAUUUUCAAAUAAAUUCAUUGCAUUCUCUGUGAGGUGAUUCGAGUGCCUACAAAAGGAAAACUUCUGUGAACUGAACAAAUAUAUGACAGUAGCUAAUUUAUUGUGGUGUGUCUGUAACUGUGGCUAUAACAAUAUAAUAUGCAUUAUCUUGGGCGUGCCGCUUUUGACGGCUCCAGUUAUCUUAAAGCGUUGCAACAUAGCUACAAUUUCGAGACUAUAAAUGUGGAUAAUGCAACAGUAGCGAGGCACAGCAGUUCAAACAUAGUUGUGGGUCUAUUUGCUAACAAGCGCCAAAAUGCAACGAAUUUUGGCCGUCAUCUUCUUUCUCGCCGUCUUCCUCCACCAAUCGCAGGCGCAGUGCAAUACCACGAAUUGCGUAGGGCCGGCCUGCAAAUGCAUGAACACGUCUCCACCAGGCGGUUUAAGCCUGGCGAAUACCCCUCAAUUGGUUUUUUUGGCGUUUGAUGGGGCAAUUACGACGACGAAUUACGACAACUACACAUUUCUGUUCAAUAACACCACAAAUCCCAACGGUUGUCCCAUUGGAAUGACUUUCUUCAUCUUCCACGAGUACAACGACUACACCCUGACCCACAGUCUCUACUUCAAAGGGCAGGAAAUUUCAACCCACAGCAUGUCCCACUUAACUCCAGCCGCAACUUGGGCUAACAAGUCAGUCACCGAGUGGACUGAUGAAAUUGGCGGAAUCAGAGACGCUCUGUCAAAAUUUGCCAACAUUCCCAAAACUUCGAUUAGGGGUGCACGAGCGCCGUUCUUGCAGUCAAGCGGUGACGCUACUUUUACGGCCAUGAAGAAUCUUGGCAUGUUCUACGACUGUUCUUUCCCAACUACUAAUUAUACUAAUCCUCCUGUUUGGCCUUACACUUUGGAUCAAGGAUUUCAACACGAAUGUGCAAUCCCGCCUUGUCCCCUAAGCAAAUACCCCGGUAUUUGGACAGUCCCGAUGGUGGCUUUAAACCGAAAUGAUACCGUUUGCAGUAUGGCUGAUGCCUGUGACAAACCGAAUACCUUUGAGGAAACUUAUCAAUAUUUGAUGAGCAAUUUUCAACGUCACUAUACUACAAGCAAGGCUCCAUUUGGCAUCUACUUGACUGCUAACGCCUGGUUCCAGGAUGCACAGUACCGUUUGCAGGCUUACAAGAAGUUCCUCAACGAUAUUUUAGUAAACGAUGACGUUUACGUUGUCCCCAUUGCUAGAGGAUUGGACUGGAUGAAAAAUCCUAAGCCGUUAGCCGAAGUCCCAAACUUCUUCAAUUGUCCAACCGUGACCAAGACUCCUUGCACAAAUUAUACGUGCUACUAUGAAGGCGAUGCGUCUCCUGUCGGCCCGCGCAAUAUGAAAAGUUGCGUUACCUGCCCUGACGUCUACCCAUGGACCGGGAAUCCACUUGGCUUGCCAUAAUUCUUUUAUUUUUAAGGUCAACGUGUAUCCUUAGCUUUAGAAUGGAACCUCUCGGACUAUGGUAGCAAGGUUUUAGUUUUUAGUUUUAUCAAAUACGAAUUGUUAUCAACGAUGUAGCUAAAAAUGGUUGCCGCUGUUUCAUCACUAUAUCGUAUGCGGUUGAGUAUAUAACGAAUAAACUGGUGUAAUUUGAAA